AUGGCCUCUUCUCUGUCGGUGCUGUUGCUCCUGUGCCUGGCGGCAUCGUCCUCGGCGCAGCUUUCGCCUAGGUUCUACGCGACGUCGUGCCCCAGGGCGCUGGCCAUCAUCAGGAGGGGUGUGGCGGCCGCCGUUAACAUACCUUCCUAUAUGUUCUUGUUGCCCCGCUACGUAAAUCACGGCUGCGACGCGUCCGUACUGCUGAGCGACACCGCCAGCUUCACCGGCGAGCAGGGGGCAGCUCCGAACGCCGGCUCAAUUCGUGGCAUGAACGUCAUCGACAACAUCAAGGCGCAGGUCGAGGCCGUGUGCACGCAGACUGUCUCGUGCGCCGACAUCCUCGCCGUGGCCGCCCGCGACUCCGUCGUCACCUUGGGAGGGCCUUCGUGGACCGUUCCUCUGGGAAGGAGGGACUCGACGACGGCGAGCUUGUCUCUGGCCAACAGCGACCUUCCGCCGCCAUCCUUCGACGUGGCCAACCUCACGGCCAACUUCGCCGCCAAGGGGCUCAGCGUGACCGACAUGGUCGCCCUCUCUGGCGCCCACACCAUCGGUCAGGCACAGUGCCAGAACUUCCGGGACAGGCUCUACAACGAGACCAACAUCGGUACGGCCUUCGCAACAUCUCUCAAGGCCAACUGUCCCCGGCCGACCGGGUCCGGCGACAGCAGCCUGGCACCGCUGGACACGACGACGCCCAACGCGUUCGACAACGCGUACUACCGCAACUUGAUGUCACAGAAGGGGCUCCUGCACUCUGACCAGGUUCUGAUCAACGACGGACGCACCGCGGGCCUGGUCCGGACGUACUCGUCGGGGUCGGCGCAGUUUAACAGGGACUUCAGGGCGGCCAUGGUCAGGAUGGGGAACAUCAGCCCGCUCACCGGGACGCAGGGGCAGGAUAUGAACUUCGCCGACGUGGCGACGUGGGAGCAGGCACGAGAGUUGACGCCUUUCCCGCGGCUUCUCACCGACGAGGAUCGUUGCAAGCACCGGAGGCGGGAGCGUCGUCUCAGGCUGGCCGAGAUGGACGAGCAAGCCAUGGCGCUGUGGAGCCAUCGCUUCCCGGAAGACACCAACGAGGAACAGUUUUUCGCCCAGAGGAGGGCGAAGAGGGCGAAGAGGAGGAAGGAGCGAGCCGCGUAUCGCGAGGACAAGCGAACGCGGAGGGUGGUAGCUAAAUACAACAUCGUGCUAGGAGACGCGUCCUCCUGGGACUCUGGCGACGAGCGGUUCCUUGACGCCUACGCACAUACGUCGGACGAGGACAUCAUCGAGACAGAGUCCGAGUCGGACGAGUAA